AUGAAGAACAAUAAGUCUAUAAAAAAUAAUAAAAAUAUAAAUCAAGAUACUAUUGUACAACACAUACAAGACUUAGAGAAUGAAGAAAGUUUUAUAAAUGCUGUAUACAGAAGUAAAGGGACUUCUGAUAGUAGUGAUAUUGAAUUUUUAGAUUGUAUUCGAUCUCUUGAUAGCGAUAAUAUAAUCGAGAAAGCUGAUAAUUUUAUUAAAAGUAGAGAUGACGAUGAUGACAUUGAAAUUAUAACUGAAAAUAAUAAAAAUUAUAAUAAUGUAAAAAUUAUGAAAAAAAAUAUAGAUGACAUUUCUUACAACUUAAAUUCCUUUGAUAUUCACGAGGAAGAUUUUACACGUGACGAUGUAAAAAUUAUGAAAAAAAAUAUAGAUGGCAUUUCUGACAACUUAAAUUCCUUUGAUAUUCACGAGGAAGAUUUGACACGCGAUGAUGUAAAAAUUAUGAAAAAAAAUAUAGAUGACAUUUCUUACAACUUUAAUUCCUUUGAUAUUGACGAAGAAGAUCUUUUUAUGUCUUCUCCCUAUACAGAGGUUAUGACACCACAACUCGAUAUUUUACGAAAUGUUUUUAAGUUAGAAAAAUUUCGUACGAAUCAGGAGUCUAUUAUAAAAUCAAUUCUAGAAAAAAAAGAUGUAUUUGUAUUAAUGCCUACUGGUGGCGGAAAAUCUUUAUGUUAUCAAAUACCCGCUCUAAUAGACAAUGGGGUUACUAUUAUUAUCAGCCCACUACUUUCACUGGUACAUGAUCAAAUAUCUAAUUUAUUAAAUAACAACAUUUUAGCCUUACCUUUUAAUUCUACACUAAAUGCAUCAGAAAGGCGUAUGGUUCUAGAAAAUAUGACUUUAGGGGUAGUUAAAAUGUUUUAUGUAACUCCUGAAUCCUUAUGUGCCAAUUAUAAUUUAGAAAGUAAACUUAAAGAACUACUUCGUAUGAAUAAACUUAGUAGGUUUGUUGUUGAUGAAGCACAUUGUGUCAGUCAGUGGGGGCAUGACUUUAGGCCGGAUUAUAUUGAAAUGAAAAAAAUCAAAGAAAUGUAUCCAUCAGUGCCUAUAGUAGCACUUACAGCUACCGCUACACCAAAAGUAGAGCUUGAUAUUAUGUCUAAUUUACAAAUUAGAGACGCCGUUGUCUAUAAGCAGAGUUUUAAUCGUGAAAACCUUAAAUAUUUUGUAAAACCCAAAACACGAUCAGUAGAGCUAGACAUAGUCACAUUUAUACAGUCGCAUUAUCAAAAUGAAUGUGGUAUUAUUUAUUGUACUAGCAAAAAAGAAUGCGAAAUGAUCUCCGAUAAAUUAAAUAAACACUUAAAAACUGCUUUUUAUCACGCGGGUCUUACAAAAAAAGAACGGAUGUCUAUACAAAGUAUGUGGAAUGAUAAUAGAUUUAAGAUUAUAGUAGCUACAAUAGCCUUUGGUAUGGGUAUUGAUAAGAAAGACGUUAGAUUCGUUAUUCACUACAGUAUGCCUAAAAGUCUAGAAGGAUACUACCAGGAAACUGGAAGAGCUGGUAGAGAUGGUAAGGAAAGUGUAUGUAUAUUAUAUUAUCAUUACGGAGAUAAAAAAAAACUGGAUUAUAUGAUAAAUAUGACAAAAGAUACUGCACAAAAACAGAGACAACGUGAAGAACUUAGGGAUGUUAUAAGAUUCUGCGAGAAUAAAGUUGACUGCAGAAGAACAUUAAUUUUAACGUAUUUCAACGAAGAAUUUAAUAGUAAAUUGUGUAAAAAAGGAUGUGAUAACUGUAUGAUUAAAAAUAUUGUUAAAAAAGAUUACACAAAAGAAGCUAAAGAAAUAUAUGAGUUAGUACGACAUAAACUUAGUAUUCAUCAGAUAAUAGAUGUUUAUCGAGGCAUAGGCAGUAAAAAGGUAGGUUCGCCUUUUGCAGGCAAAGGUAAACAUCUUAAAAAACUUGAAGUAGAACGAAUUGUUACUCAAAUGAUAGUACAAGGAUAUUUAGAAGAACGAAGUGAAAUUAAUGGAAUGGGUUACACAUGGGCGUAUCUUGUACAUAAAAAAAAGAUUGAUAAAUUUGAACUAUUUGAAGAAAGCGAAAAAAGCGUGUCGAUUGGUGCAUCAAAAGAUACUUUAAAUGAAAAAAUAGAAAAUAAAACAUCGAGAUGUAAAAAACAUAAACGAACAGUUAACAAAGAAAUUUAA